ACCACUGCUGUCUUCCGGUACCGAUCGAGAAGUGACAAUGGCGUCUGGCGGACAAAACCUCAACGUGUGCAUUACAGUUCCGUAUGUUUAAAUAGUGCGUACAUAUAUACGUCGUCUAGUGGAGUAAACAUCGUCAAUAACUGUUGUUAUCCGGAUACAUCAGUCUUGCGACGUGUCUCGCGCUCGCUAGCUUGUUAGCCAUCUUAGCUAGUUAGCUUAGCGUGUUAGCCGCUAACAAAGACGGGCGGAAGUGAUCAAAACACAUCGCUAAGCAGAGAUCAAGUGUGAGUGUAAAGUGUUGUGAUUGUGUGAAAAAUGUGCGAAAGAACCAUAGCAGAGUACGAGGAGGAACUUUGUCCAACAAAAGAGGAGAAGGAGCGACGACAUCAACUACUGGACGCUGUUUUCAAGAAACAUCAAGUUGUGUUGCACAGAACAGACGUCCAGUGGCGUCCGCACAUUGAAGAGGAUGAUCUGCAUCCCCCUCAUGUCAAAGAGGGAGUGGAGGAGCCACACCCCCCACACAUUAAAGAGGAAGAGGAGGGAGAGUGUCCUGUAGGGCAGGAGGAGGCUGAUCUCAGCAAGUUUCCACUGACUGUUGUCUCUGUGAAGACUGAAGAGCAUGAAGACAAACCACCUGAGUCCUCACAGCUUCAUCACAGUCCAAACGUCCGACAGCUGAUUGGACUUCCUCAUCCGCGGGGGGCCAGCUCUGUUUUGAAGCAGGAGGAGCCACGGUCUUUUCGCAUCAAAGAGGAAGAGGAGGAAGUGUGGAUCACCCAGGUGGGACCAUGUCUUCUAGGGCAGGAGAAGGCUGAUCUCACCAAGUUUCCACUGACUGUUGUCUCUGUGAAGACCGAAGACCAUGGAGACAAACCACCUGAGUCCUCACAGCUUCAUCACAGUCCAAAUGUCCAACAAGAAGGACGUCCCCCUCACUCCCUGGAGGAGACCACCUCUUUAAAGCCACAACCACAACAUAAAGAGGAAGAGGAGGAACUCUGGACCUCUGAGGAGGGAGAGUGUCUUCUAGGGCAGGAGGAGGCUGAUCUCAGCAAGUUUCCACUGACUGUUGUCUCUGUGAAGACUGAAGACCAUGAGGACAAACCACCCGAGUCCUCACAGCUUCAUCACAGUCCAAAUGAGGAGAACAGAGCCGUGGAACCUUCAAGAAGCAACUCACCACAACACAUGACAACAGAAGCUGAUGGAGACCACUGUGGAGGAUCACAAGCAGACAAGAUCUUAGCUCCACUAUCAGAUAGUGAGGACACGUUAAACGUUAAUGUAAAUAUAAAAUCACACAUGAGAACGCACGCAGAAGAAAAACCCUUUGGUUGUACAGUUUGCUCAAAAGGCUUUUUUAAAAACUAUAAUUUGACUCGACACAUGCGGACGCACACGGGAGAAAAACCCUUCAGUUGUUCCGUUUGCGGUAAAACCUUCUCUGUCCAAAGUGCAAUGAAAUCCCACCAGAGCAUACACACAGGUGAAAAAACAUUUGGGUGUUCAAUGUGCGCGAAAGGCUUUUUUGUCAAAUCUAGUUUGACCAAGCACAUGAGGAUACACACCGGAGAAAAUGUGUAUAGUUGUUCAGAUUGUGGCAAAAGAUUCUGUGACAAAAGCACGAUGCAAAUACACAUGAGGAAACACACAGGAGAAAAACCUUUUAGCUGUUCUGAUUGUGGCAAAAGGUUCUCUGUCAAAUCGUCGAUGCAAAAACACAUGAGAACGCACACAGGGGAAAGACCUUUUAGCUGCUCCGUCUGUGCAAAACGCUUUCUUGUAAACUCUCAUUUGACUCUCCACAUGCAGACGCACACAGGAGAAAAACCUUUCAAGUGCUCAAACUGUGGCAAGAAUUUCUAUGGAAGAGCUAGAAUGCUGACACACAUGAGAACGCACACAGGAGAAAAACCUUUCCGUUGUUCAGUGUGCGAUAAAGGAUUCUCAGUCAAAGGUGCGAUGACGUCACAUAUGAGGACGCACACAGGAGAAAAACCUUUCAGCUGUUCAGUGUGCGCCAAAAGAUUCUCUGUCAAAAACAGAGUGCAAAUGCACAUGAGCACGCACACGGGAGAAAAACCAUUCAGUUGUUCAGCGUGUGAGAAAAGGUUCUCCAAAAAAGAGAACAUGCAAAGACACAUGAGAACACACACAGGAGAAAAACCCUUUAUCUGCACAGUGUGCGCUAAAAGAUUCUCCGUCAAAUAUAAAAUGCAAAUACACAUGAACACGCACACGGGGGAAAAACCAUUCAGUUGUUCCGUGUGCGAGAAAAGCUUCUCCAAAAGGGAGAACGUGCAAAGACACAUGAGGACCCACUCAGGAGAAAACCCUUCAGUUGUUCGGUGUGCGAUAAAAGAUUUUCCGCCAAACAUCAAGUGCAAUUUCAUAUGAGGACACACGCAAAGGAGAAACACAUUUCAGUUCAGUGCGAGAUAAGAGACUCUCUGCUCAAAAUAAACGCAGUUCCAGAUGAGAGCGCACACAACAGAAAAACCUAUCAGUUGUUCAGUUUGUGACGAUUUUUUGUUUUGUUUUGGAAAAAGAGGUAUUAAAACAGCCCUGUGAUGAGGUGGCAACUUGUCCAGGUUGUACCCAGACUACCGCCCGAAUGCAGCUGAGAUAGGCUCCAGCGACACCAAAAGGGACAAGCGGUAGGAAAUGGAUGGAUGGAUGGUAUCGGAACACAGGAGAAUAACUUUCUUAUUGGAAGUCUUCUAUUAAUGAUCAACAUUACUAAGAUAGUUUUUGUAACGGCUCAAAUGAAGUGGAACUAUAAAUGACUCGUUGAUACAGAGCAGAUAUAAGUCGUAUUUCUCGCUGCUCCUAUUCGGUUCAUGCUAAAUGCUGUCGUUGCAUUUGUCUCUAAACAAUCGAAGAAAAAACAAAACAAUGGAAUGGAACGGAGAAAAAUGAACUCCAGCAGAGUCGGUAAUGGUCUAAUGCAAUGCGUUUUCUAUAGCCCGGACUCGGACCCAGAUCCUGACCGCCAGGCACGCCGUGUGAUAGAUUACAAAACACUUGAGUUUCUUUGACACAGUUUUUAAACUUAAAAAAAUCGAUAAAUGGGUGGUAUUCACACAUCACUUUUAUUAUUGAAUGUAUCAAAUGUGAUGAAUAUUUUUAAUCGACCACAAUAGAAACAAGCUUUUGGGCUUUUGGCGCCGUCCAUUUGCCUUUUUAAAGCAUUACAUGGAUUAAAUUCUUUAGGACAGGGGUCGGGAACCUUUUUGGCUGAGAGAGCCAAGCAGCCAAAUAUUUUAAAAUGUAUUUCCGUAAGAGCCAUAUAAUAUAUUUUUAACACUGAACACAACUAAAAGUGUGCAUUUUUAAUUAAGACCAACAUUUCUACAGUAUAAUAGGUCUCUUAUUCUUUGUAAUAACGUUGUUAUUCUGAAGCUAAUUUAGGAGGGGGCGUGGCCUGCGGGUCUGCAGCGGAGCGGGGUGUUGCCAGGACCGGCCUGGAAAUCAGCGACAGGUGUGUAAAUGGCCCACCUGGGCCUUGUUGAAGAACCCCCAAGAGGGCUAACCCUACACUAACCAAUAAUAAAUAAAUUAUUUCUUACCCUUAAUGCAACUAAGGAUGGAUGGAUUCAAAUGCAUUAGCAUUUUUAUAUUUUUUAACGUUAUUUUUAACACUGUGAUUACAAGUGGAAUUAUUCAUUACUUAUCGUGUUAAGCAGUGUCAGCUCAGAUUUAUCCGAGAGCCAGAUCUGGCUCUAGAGCCAUAGGUUCCCUACCCCUGCUUUAGGACGUCAAAAAUCAGAAUCAGAAUACCUUUAUUGUCUUUAUAUGGAAACAACGGAAUUGGACAGCAAUCCAACUCAGUGCUUUUAAAACAAACCUACAUAAAAUAGUCUUAAGGUGACAAUUUAAAAUUUAAAAACAAAAUAAAAUGUUAAAAAAAAACUAGGGCUGGGCAACGAUUAAACAUUUUAAUCGAAGUUAAUCCCAGUAUUUCUCCGAUUAAUCGCGAUUAACUGCAUUGUAUACGCAAAGCCCGAUAAUGAAUUCAAAAGUAGUGUGUAGUGCACCUUUAUUGGAAUAUUCUCCCACAUGAACAAAAGCGCCAAAACAUUUGUUGUGCAAACACAAUUUAAAUCAGUCCUUGUUAAACAGUAGCAGUUAAAUAGCAUAUUUUAUGAAAAUCAACUCCAAAAAUGUAAAUACAAACAUUUAAGCUUAUUGCCACUGCCAGGGUAUUUAAGUUAUCCUGUUUGUUAUGGAAAAUAAAUAUAAUCUACAUACAAAUCUCUGAGCCACAAUCAGGCAAUUUCUGAGGUAACAGCAGAAACAUUUUUUUUUAUCAGGGAUCUUAUGUUUAAAAAGCUUAUAUUAUAGGUAGUGGGCUGUUUUAGGGAAUUUUUGAUCAAAUUAUCCGUAGUAGCAAUAUUAAUAAUGUUGUGUUUAUUCUGCGUAGUGCACUUAAAAUAAUUAUGACCAUAUCCAGGAAUUGAUAUGAUGGGAAAUUUCCGAUUGUUUGCUUGGUGCUUUGAUAAACUGAAGGCAUCAUAUACAUGGUACUAUAUUGUGAUGUUAUGAGCCAGGGAAAAAAAAGAACUACCCUACCCAGCAUGCAACAGGAGUGACGCGCAUAUAUAGGUUGUGUCGCCAUGACGGCAUCUUGUAUGUUGUGAUAUGCACGCUCUGAAAGCCAACGUUAAGAACUCCUCGCCUGCAUUAUUCAUAAAUAGACAGACAACACAUAUACUCCGCUGCUUCACAGGCCGCUGGAUGUAGCCGGCAAAGUAUUCCCAUGCUAGCUAGCACGCGUCAUUCAGUCCAAAACGGCCCGAUCUGUCCACAUCCAAAAUUGUCUGGCGGUCGUAAGUGAUCCCGGAGUGACCACGCUGUAAGCCGGCCAUGAAAUUUGCAGAAUUGUCCGGUAUUUUUGCCAAAUGUUCCAUCUUUACCAAGAGCCCCUCCACGCCGGGCGACGCCAUCUGGUUGAGAAAAGGCGUUAACAAAAUAAAAGCAUGUAAACAACAUACGCAAAUGUGCGAUAAAAUAAUUGUCGGCGUUAAUAGAUUGAUGAGUUAACGCGUGAUUAACGCAUUAAUUUGCCCGCCCCUAAAAAAAACAUAUCGCACAGUAGAUCUGUAUCAGAGGUAAGCCAGUAAUAAAGUGGUGAGUGUUCAGGUAAGUGUAGAGUUUAGGGCAAUAACAGCUCUAGGAGAGAAACUGUUUUUCAGUCUAUUUGUCCUAAACUUUUCAAUAAAUCAAUCAAACCUUUAACCUGGUGACCCUUACAUUUGGUAAAAAAUGAAGAGUAAUGAUCAUUAUACUUCUAUUACAAACCCUGUUUCCAUAUGAGUUGGAAAAUUGUGUUUGAUGUAAAUAUAAACAGAAUAAAAUGAGUUGCAAAUCCUUUUCAACCCAUUUUCAGUUGAAUGCACUACAAAGACAACAUAUUUGAUGUUCAAACUCAUUAACUUUUUUUGUUUUUGCAAAUAAUAAUUAACUUCGAAUUUAAUGGCUGUAACAUGUGCUGAAGUAGUUGGGAAAGGGCAUGUUCACCACUGUGUUACAUCACCUUUUCUUUUAACAACACUCAAUAAACGUUUGGGAACUGAGGAAACUAA